CUUUAAUAUCUUGAAGAUAGUAUUUCCAGAUCAUAUCAGGUUAUCUCAACAUGUCUCAUUGUGCCUGCCAUGCGGACCGAAGACGACGUCGACUCCGGAACCGACAUUCGGGCGUCAACCUGGGCAACAAGCCCCUAAAGAACCCCGUAAUUUGACACCUUCAGAGUUCCUACGAAUACUCGCGAGAUUUUACGAACGACUCUGACCCAUCUGAUUCAUACCUGGGCCACGCAGCUGUCGAGCGACCAGACCGUUCCCGUCCAAUGCACGCUAGAUACACUCGUCGAAUGUCAAAAAUAUCGUCGUCGCCAACGAGAACAAAAAAAGAAGACGAGAAUAUGGAGAUGAUGGAGAAACUCCAGAAAUAUGAAUCAAUGACAGCACUUCCGCAUCCAGCCACGAUCGUCAGGGCGGCGAAUCUCUCGCUACAACCAGAGUGCGAACACUGCAUGAUGACCCAAAUCCUCUCCAUAGAAAAAUUCCAAGUCUUUGAAGAGUGAAGCAGUGUCUACACUGACAUUUCACAUCUAUUUCUAUUUCUACUUUUCGUUUUGUUCUUCUCUUCAGCGAUUGUGUGAUAGAUUCAAAAAACAAUGGCAAAGUCGUCCAGCUACGCCACCCGAAAAUGGUGGAAGGAAUCGGUGGUUUAUCAGAUCUACCCAUCAUCGUUUCAAGAUACCAACGGUGAUGGCUGGGGCGACGUCAAAGGCAUUACUUCCAGAGUCGACUACCUCAAACAAUUAGGCAUUGACGUGGUUUGGACAUCUCCCAUCUACAAGUCACCGCAGGCGGACAUGGGCUACGACAUUGCAGACUACAAAGUCAUCGAUCCCAUCUACGGCUCCGUCGAGGAUGUAGACAAUCUCAUUUCGGAGCUCAAGAAGCGCGACAUGAAGCUCAUGAUGGAUCUCGUGGUGAACCACACCUCAAACAUGCACGAGUGGUUCUUGGAAAGCAGGUCGUCCAAGACCAACUCGAAACGAGACUGGUAUAUCUGGAAGCCGCCCAAGUCCGUGAGCGAAGCAGGCGUGCCCGAGCCACCGAACAACUGGGCUCAAAUUUUGGGAGAGGCCAACUCGGCAUGGACAUACGACACCGAGACGAAAGAAUACUACCUUUCCGUCUUCACGCCCGAGCAACCCGACCUCAACUGGGAAAACCCUGAGGUGCGCGAAGCGGUAUGGGACGUGAUGCGCUUCUGGCUCGACCGAGGCGUGUCCGGAUUUCGAAUGGACGUAAUCAACAUGAUCUCCAAAGUCCCGACGUACCCAGACGCCCCCAUCGUCCUCGACCCGGCCAGCCACCAGUACCAACCGGGAACACAAUUCUUUGUGAACGGCCCCAAACUGCACGACUACCUCCAAGAGAUGCACCGCGAAGUCUUGUCCAAGUACGACACCAUCACCGUGGGCGAAAUGCCCGGCGUGUCGGACGAAAGCGAAAUCUUACGCACCGUGGGUGCCGACGCCGGCGAACUGAACAUGAUCUUCAUCUUUGACGUUGUUGACAUCGACAAGCCCAACGUCCGCAUGGCCCUGAAACCCUGGGACGUCAAGGAGAUGAAGUCCAUCAUCACGCGGUGGCAGCGGUGCAUGAUCGAGCGCGAUGGGUGGAACUCCGUGUUUAUCGAGAACCAUGACAACCCGCGCAGCAUCAGCCGGUACGCCGACGACAGCGACGCCUUCCGCGACAAGAGUGCCAAGCUCCUCGCGCUGAUGCAGACCACGCUCGGCGGCACGCUGUUCGUCUACCAAGGCGAGGAAAUUGGGAUCCGCAACGCCCCCACCGAAUGGGACAUUGACGAAGAGUACAAGGACAUCGAGACCAUCAAUUACUGGAAAAAGUGCAAGAAGCUCUACAAGGACGACCCGGAGAAGCUCGAGCACGGCCGGAAGAUCAUCCAGAUGAAGGCGCGGGAUCACGCGCGCACGCCGAUGCAGUGGUCCGGUAGCCAGGCCAAUGCCGGGUUCUGUCGAGCCGACGUCAAGCCGUGGAUGCGCGUCAUGGACGACUUCAAGUCCGGCAUCAACGCCGAGGACCAGAUCAAGGCCUCGGACGACAAGGAAUUGUCGACAUGGCAGUUUUGGCAGCGAGGGAUUCACGACCGCAAAGAGCACGCCGACGUCUUUGUCUACGGUGACUACCAGGAACUCUCGCCCGAAGACCCAAAUAUUCUCGCGUACGUCCGCACAAGCCAGGCCGGCGAGAAGUGGUUGGUCGUGUUGAACUUUUCGGGCAAGGAUGUGGAAUGGACCUUGCCUGAAUCCCUCAAGGUCGACUUUUACGCUUGCAGUACCUAUACAAAAGGCAAACCUGAGAAGCCGCAAAAUGGCAAGAUUCCGUUGAAGCCUUGGGAGGGUUUGUUGGCGAAAUGCGCUGCAUAGAAGAAUCCCGCGAGACGAACAGUUCAAGCCUUGUUGGUUUCUCUAAGCAUAGAACAUCUCCGGUCACGAAAGAGUUUGUUGAUGUGGGUUUGGGGAGGAGUCAGAAGACUAGGUAUCCUUUCUCCGACCUUGUUUACGACUUGUGGGACCACCGGAUGUACAGAAUGCCAUCGAGUAUGCCAUACGGGAGUUGAGCUCUUGCAAAGUAGACCUUACAACAUUUCCUGAGAUAGAUAGAAUUUAGAUGACGCCCUUUUUAUUUGGGCCCACGGAGCACGAUUGCUUCCA